AUGAUACAGUCAGACAAAGGAGGAGAUCCUCCAGACAGGGACAGGAAGCUCUCUACUGCAACCCAGCCACGGAAUGGCCUCUCCCAAAUCCUGAGGCAUGUGCUGCAGGAGCUGAGCCUGUUCUACAGCCGAGAUGUGAAYGGAGUGUGCCUCCUCUAUGAUCUCCUGCACUCCCCGUGGCUGCGGGCCCUGCUAAAGGUUUAUGACUGCCUCCAAGAAUUUAAAGAAAAGAAACUAGUUCCCGCCACACCCCAUGCACAGAAGUUAUCCUGUGAGGUAAUAGAGCUGUUACGUGAUGUCCCUAAUUCUCCUGAGGUCCAGGAGCUGAGAAAGCUCCUUCAGGCUCCACACUAUAAGGCCUUGCUCAGUGCCCAUGACACGGUAGCUCAGAAAGAUUUUGAGCCCCUUCUUCCCCCACUGCCUGACAAUAUCCCUGAGAGCGAGGAAGCCAUGAGGAUUGUUUGCUUGGUGAAAAACCAGCAGCCCCUGGGAGCUACGAUCAAGCGCCACGAGAUGACAGGAGACAUCCUGGUGGCCAGGGUCAUCCAUGGCGGGCUGGUGGAGAGGAGUGGGUUGUUAUAUGCCGGAGACAAACUGGUGGAAGUGAACGGAGUCUCAGUUGAGGGACUAGACCCUGAGCAAGUGAUCCAUAUUCUGGCCAUGUCUCGCAGCACAAUCAUGUUCAAGGUGGUUCCGGUUUCUGACCCUCCUGUGAAUAGUCAGAAGAUGAUUUAUGUUCGUGCCAUGACGGAUUACUGGCCACAGGAGGAUCCUUCCAUCCCCUGCAUGGAUGCUGGAUUGCCUUUCCAGAAGGGCGACAUCCUCCAGAUUGUGGACCAGAAUGAUGCCCUCUGGUGGCAGGCCCGGAAAAUCUCAGACCUUUCUACCUGUGCUGGGCUAAUCCCUUCUAACCACCUUCUGAAGAGGAAGCAACGGGAAUUCUGGUGGUCUCAGCCAUACCAGCCUCACACCUGUCUCAAAUCAACUGCAUUGAUUUCUAUGGAAGAAGAAGAUGACAUGAGGAUUGAUGAGAAAUGUGUGGAAGCAGAUGAAGAAACAUUUGAAUCUGAGGAACUUUCAGAAGACAAGGAGGAAUUUAUUGGCUCUGGUCAAAAGUUCUUUAUUGCUGGUUUCCGCCGCAGCAUGCGCCUUUGUCGAAGGAAGUCUCACCUCAGCCAGCUGCAUGCCACUGCAUGCUGCGCUGGCAGCUGCUACAAUGCAAUGGGUGCCCCUUAUGAGGAGGUGGUGAGGUACCAGCGACGCCCAACAGACAAGCACCGCCUCAUAGUGCUUGUGGGACCUUCUGGCGUUGGAGUCUCUGAGCUGAGAAGACAACUUAUUGAAUUUAAUCCCAACCAUUUUCAGAGUGCUGUGCCACAUACUACUCGAUCCCCAAAGAGUUAUGAGAUGAAUGGGCGUGAAUAUCACUAUGUGUCGAAAGAAACAUUUGAAAACCUCAUGUACAGUCAUAGGAUGCUGGAGUAUGGUGAGUACAAAGGCCACCUGUAUGGCACUAGUGUGGAUGCUGUUAAUGCUGUCCUUGAUGAAGGAAAGGUCUGUGUCAUGGACUUAGAGCCUCAGGAUAUUCAGGCAGCUCGAACCUGCGAACUGAAGCCCUAUGUUAUAUUUAUAAAGCCAUCUAGCCUGAGUUGCAUGAAACAAUCUCGGAAAAAUGCCAAGAUUAUCACUGACUACUUUGUGGACAUGAAGUUCAAGGAUGAAGACCUACAAGAGAUGGAAGAUUUAGCCAAAAAAAUAGAGACUCAGUUUGGCCAGUUUUUUGAUCAUAUGAUUGUGAAUGACAACUUGCAAGAUGCAUGUGCCCAAUUGUUGUCUGCAGUACAGAAGGCUCAGGAAGAGCCUCAGUGGGUACCAGCAACAUGGAUUUCCACCGAUGCUGAGUCUUAA